AAAAAAAUAAUUGCAAACCGUCAGCUCUCGAUCGCACAUUAACGUUCAUACAUGUAGCUACUCAUUGCACGCGGGCGGUGGAAAGACUAUUCAAAACACGGAUUGGUGGUAUUCAUUUAAGAGCUCGCUAUCAUUACCAAUAAUGCAUUAGAAGUCAAGCGUUAUGGAUUCACCAGGAGUAUCUUUCUCGCAAUUUUGGAUUCAAAACUACGAACUAACUAACUAGACUUGUCAUUACCCUUCUCAUGAGUGAAGUCAUAUUGAUGUUGUGUAGAGACAUGAAAAUUUCCAUUUACGGAUCAGUCACAGCAAAUUUUACAGUGUAUGGGCGUGUACACUUUCAGAAGUUCUGUUUACACUAAAUAGCCUUAGGACAAAACAAAGGUUUGACUUUUCUAACCUGCUGCCUUGGAUGUUAUAGAUCAGGAUGUAUAUAUUUCCAAUGAAGAUGGCAGAACGGUGGCCUAGGACUUACAUGAAGUUGGUAUUUUAUUUGAUUGUAGUCAUUUCAGGAUUCUCCAGAUUUACUCAUGCAGCAGAUGGCGAUGUGAGGUUAAGAGGAGGGGCAGGAAAUUCAGGUCGGGUUGAGGUGAGGAGCAACACCACUUGGGGAACCGUGUGCAUUGAUGGAUUCAACAAAGACAGUGCUGACGUCGUGUGCAGACAACUUGGGUUUCGAGGUGGUGCUCUUAGGGUUGAUCCGGUGGGUGAAUUCAGUUUCACGUCAGUCGACACAUCGCUCGAUAUCAUCCUCUUCAAUGCUAGCUGCGUCGGUAAUGAGAACAACCUCGCAGAUUGCUCCGAUGUCAGGUGGUCGGAUGGAACAUGUCAAUCAAACAGACCCGCUGCAGUGUUCUGCGCACUUCCUUACUACGAGGGAUGCUUUGAGAGUGGCUCAGCGAGUGGUAUAGCAGACAAUUCUCAAACUCUUGAAGACCUAAUUGGCUUGUGCAGAAUAUUCCAAAAUGCAUAUGCUGGCUCUUCGCAGGAGGGUGGAGACAAAAAUCGUUGUGGAAAUAAUUUGUCAGAUUUCGGUUCUCUUGUUGAUGACUCUCUUUGCACUGAAGUGUGUGUGAACGAUCCAUUCCAACUGUGUGGUGGAACAGGGAACUACCGCGUUGUCUAUUCAACUCGGCUUGGUUCGGAGGGGUUCGCUUUGACUGGGAACAGCGGUUCACUGACGUCAUACAACUACCCAGGUGUAUACGUUUCUAAUGACCGCCAGGAAUGGACAGUCACGCUUAAUUCUACUCAACAGGUUCAAAUCGAAUUUUCCGCCUUCGACAUAGGUGCUGGUGACGUCAUCACAAUCUCCGCAGGAGGGAUGAAUGAAACCUUCACCACAUGGCGAACGUGGAUAACCGACCCGGUUUCAUCAUUUACGAUUUGGUUUGAAAGUGCUUCUCAGGGAAAUGGUUUCAUUCUUAAUUAUGAUGUCUACAUUUCAAAGACGCCUACCACCGAGGUACCAUCGACCACUCAAGACACACCAACCACACAACCGCCGACAACAACCGAUGCUGCAACACCAAGCCAAGACACGGCUACCACUGACUUUACCACCCCGAUACCCGAUACACCAUCUCAACAACCACCAUCAACACCAAUGACAACAGUGCAACAGCCUACCACCCUGGAGGAAACGACAGCCCCAGUUUCAAACGACUCCUGUCCGGAUUAUUUUGGUGACAUCGAGACAUCGUGGUUGAGCAGAGAUGUCGCCGAAAUCCUUGUUCUCAACACUGGACGACCCUUACCUUGCCAUGGCGCCAUCGCACGCAUCUCCUUCUACGCAGCAACGGUCAACGAUAUUACAGUCAGCGUAUGGAGACGCGCAUCCGGGAAUGCGCUCCAACUGGUUGACAUGACGCUGGUGACCCCCGAAAGAAGUGCAGCAUUUGUGUCUGCCUUGCUACCUCGUACCCUCGGUUUUGCCCAAGGGGAUCUCCUAGGCUUUUCCUCAGAGGACCUAUCACCAAUGGUUUACUCGGAAAGUGCUGCUCAGGCAACGGAACAUACCAUAUACCCUUUCUCCAGCCUUGGGAAUUAUCCAGGAUUGCAGGAUGGCACGACCUUAGAGGUGGCUAACUCAUCAGGGGUUCUUGUUUCAAACAGAGUGUAUUCCUGGAGGGUGACGAUUGAGGAUCGAGAAUGUAUUUACCCCACUUUGCCAAACGGUGCCAUUUCCCCGCCUGGAAAUACGGCGUUCCUCGGCGACGAGAUCACGAUAACUUGCAAUGCAGGAUACGAAGCGCCAUUCGACACAGCGGUAUGCAAAGCCGACGGAACGUUCACAAAUCCUGUACAGUGCAACAUUGUGUUCGUCCCGUUCGAUGGACUAACUUUAACCCAUUUCAUUAUUCUUCUCGUUGGUAUUGGGGUGCUGUUCUUACUGGUGGUAUUCGGCUCAUGCUUCUACAUAUUUUGUUCUGGACGUUCCAAAGGUGCUAAGGCAGAAAGGGAUAUCGCCGAUGGUGCAGCUGGAGGAGGCGAAUCUUACCUAAUCCCUAUGGGCAUGCCACCAAGUAAUGGCCAUGGAAAAAAGAAUGGCAUCGAAAAUACAUCAUUCGUCAACGAAGUCCCGCGCGACAUCGAAAAUGGUAACGUAGCGCCCGCCGACCCGAACACGAAUAGGAUGGUGAACAUUGAAAUGCCGGAAGAAGAGCCUCCGCAGGUUCCGGAGUCGAGUCCUCCUGAGAUGCCAAAGGAGCCCAUCGAAUCUCCGGCGCUUGCUGAUGACAUGCCCAAUGGAUCUGAAGGGCCCGAUGAGCAAACGACGACUCCAGAAAUACCAGAACCUGAUUAUGACGAUGAACCUAUUCCACCUCCACCUACAAGUCCACCACCGCCUCCUCCGCCGGAGUUCGAAGACGCGUUUAUGCCUCAGUCGCCGACCUUUCCGCCUUUACCUACACCUGUUCGUACGCAGUAUAAAAUGUAUUCGCCCCCAGUAUCGCCAACCUUUCCUCUGCCACCUACACCUCUUCAUUUACGUUAUGACCAGGAAUCAGUGUCAUCAUACAGCUCGCCUCCAUCUAAUGUAACUACCGGGAACUCAAAUGGUCCUCCCGUUGUCCCCGCCCCUCCACCACCGCCACCACUUCCACCGUCAUUACUCUGAACCCAGUGGAUGAUUCGAAUGCUGAACAACCCUCUUCUGUUCUCCCAAAUGAGGAAGUUCUUUACUAAAGUUGAUCAUAACCCAUUAA